UGUCCAAGUCCUCGAAAGUUCAUCCCCAUGGAAUAUCAUAAUAAAGCCUAAAGGCGCAUUCACACAAAAAUCCUCAAUUGAACUAAAUUGCUCCACGUUUUUGGCAUUUGGCGCUAUGAUAAAUAUUUUUGAACAGAAUGGUUCGGCAUAAUAACCAACUACCGGAUAAUCUUCCACAAUUACAGAAUUUAAUUAAACGUGAUCCUGAAUCGUACAAAGAAGAAUUUCUUCAACAACAUAAUCACUUUAAAUCCUUCUUGGAAGUAUUUCGAUUGAAUCCCGAGAAAUUCGAUAAAGAUCUUGAUGUUGUGUCUAUGUUUCUUGCCCAGGUGGCCCAUUGUUAUCCAGAUGUUCUCGUCACAUUUCCUCAGGAUAUUAUCGAUACACUCGAGAAGCACAACACAGUUCUUCACAAUGACAUGCGAAUGACAUUUUGCAAGGCGUUAAUUUUAAUUCGCAAUAAAGGACUUUUGGAGCCAACGGUGUUAUUGAAUUUAUUCUUCAAUCUCCUCCGUUGUCAGGAUAAAGUUUUACGGGAAUUUCUACAGACGCACAUUAUCACCGACAUUAAGAAUAUCAAUGCAAAACAUAAGAAUGCAAAAAUUAAUACUGUUUUGCAAAAUUUUAUGUUCACGAUGCUUAAGGAUGCAAACGAUCGUGCGGCACGAAUGUCAUUGGACAUUAUGAUUGAAUUGUACAAGAAAAAUGUUUGGAAUGAUGCAAAGACUGUGAAUGUCAUUGCCACGGGUUGUUUUUCGAAAAUUGUGAAAAUAAUGGCAAUUAGUUUGAGAUUUUUCCUCGGCACCGAUCCAGAUGAAAAGGAAAGCGAUGAGAGUGACAGUGACGAUGAGCCGAAUGUCAAGGAAGUUAUGCUCGCCAAUAAAGUUAAUAAGAAGACGAAAAAACGAGAUAAACAGCUGAAGAAGGCGAAACAACUUUAUGUGAAAUCAAAAAAGAAGAAAUCAAAGGCCCCGCAAUUUAAUUUCUCGGCGCUUCAUUUAAUUCACGAUCCACAAGGUUUUGCGGAAAAAUUAUUCAAACAAUUACAGAGAAACAAUGAUCGAAGGGAAAUUAAAGUCAUGACACUUGACGUUAUAUCGAGAUUAAUUGGUCUACACGAUUUAUUUCUAUUAAAUUUUUAUCCAUUCGUGCAAAAAUAUCUACAUCCUCAUAUCCCAGAUGUCACGAAAAUGUUACAAUUUGUCGCACAAGCGUCACAUGAAUUAGUGCCACCAGAUGUUUUAGAACCGGUUCUAAAAACUUUGGUUAAUAAUUUUGUAACUGAACGAAAUUCUGGUGAUGUCAUGGCCAUUGGAUUGAAUGCAGUGAGGGAAAUUUGCGCGCGAUGUCCGCUGGUUAUGACGGAGGAUCUUCUUCGAGAUUUGUCACAAUAUAAAAACUAUCGUGAACGGAGUGUAAUGAUGGCUGCUCGUUCACUCAUAGCGUUAUUCAGAAGUACAAUGCCAGAUUUACUCAACAAAAAAGACAGAGGUCGUCCAACGGAGGCGACAAUGUUCCUGGAGUCACUUCAAUACGGCAAAGUCAAUGCCAAAACAUUUAUACCUGGUGCUGAAGUUUUACUUGAUAAAUCAACCGAGGAUUUUGAAAUUGACAGCGACGAUAGUGACGAGGACGACGAAUGGAUUGACGUAAAUCACAGUGAUGAUGAAAAUACUACAAAAAAUAGUAUUGAGGCAGGGGAUGAGGAGAACAGUGAAAGUGAGGGCGAAGAUGAUGAAGAGGACGAAGAAGACGAAGAAAUUGAUGACGAAGAAGAAGAAGAAGAAGAUGACGAAGAGAUUGAUGGUGAAGAAGUAGACGAGGAAAAUGAUAAUGAUGAUACUGAUAACAAAGAAGAGAACGAGAAAAAAUCGAAAAUUAAAAUAAAAAAUAUGAAAAAGUCGAAAAAAUGUAAAACUGAAGAAGAAAAUGAUUCUUCAAUGAAUAUCGAGGGUGAUAUUGAAGAAAUGGACGAUUCCAUGUCACAAAAGACAAUAAGAAGUAAUCGUGGUAAGAAAAAGACUUAUGCGACGAAAUUGGAGCGAAAAAAGAGGAAAAUUGCAAUGCUCGCGAAGAAUAGAGAGCAAAAGAAAACUGAGUAUACUGCCGAGAAAAAAGAAAAGGCGUCGCAAAUUUCCGUCGAGAGAAUUUUAACUGAUGAAGAUUUUAAGAGAAUUGAUAUGGCUUUAGUCAAACAGCAAGUAACGCACGCUAAACGUGGAGUGAAACGACCGCACGAUGAAGAUCGUGGCGAACUGGUGAAACUCGGAGAUAUUGAAAAUAUCUAUAAGAAAAAGAGGCAUGACAAGGCAGCUCGACAGGAAACUGUUCGGAAAGGACAAGAAGGACGAGAAAAAUUCGGCUACAAGGAUGGAAGGCAGAAUCCAUUGUGCAGUAAAACAAAUCGCGAGAGAAAUAAAAAGAAAGCUUAUCAAAUGAUAAAAUUCAAAGUUAAAGGAAAAGGAAAGCGUUCCUUUAAAGACAAGCAAAUUGCUCUUAGAAAUCAUUUAACUACUUUAAGAAAGAUGAAGUAAAUUCAUCGAAGAUUUUUAUAUUUCAAGAAAAUAAAUAUUUAUCAUAGUAA